AUGGGCAAAUCAGAAAGUCAGAUGGAUAUAACUGAUAUCAACACUCCAAGGCCAAAGAAACAACGAUGGACCUCACUGGAGAUCAGUCUCUCCGUCCUUGUCCUGCUCCUUACCAUCAUCGCCGUGACGAUGAUCGCACUCUAUGCAACCUAUGAUGAUGGCAUUUGCAAGUCGUCAGACUGCAUAAAAUCAGCUGCUCGACUGAUCCAGAACAUGGAUGCCACUGCUGAGCCUUGUACAGACUUUUUUAAAUAUGCCUGUGGAGGCUGGUUGAAACGCAACGUCAUUCCUGAGACCAGCUCCCGUUACAGUAACUUUGACAUUUUAAGAGAUGAACUAGAAGUCGUUUUGAAAGAUGUUCUUCAGGAACCCAAAACUGAAGAUAUAAUAGCAGUGCAGAAAGCAAAAACACUGUACAGAUCUUGUAUAAAUGAAUCCGCUAUUGAUAGCAGAGGCGGAAAACCUCUACUCAGUCUACUACCAGAUAUAUAUGAUUGGCCCGUAGCAACAGACAACUGGGAGCAGACCUAUGGUCCUUCUUGGACAGCUGAGAAAUCUAUUGCACAGCUGAAUUCUAAAUUUGGGAAAAAAGUCAUUCUUAAUUUUUUUGUUGGCACUGAUGAUAAGAACUCUGUGAACCAUAUAAUUCAUAUUGAUCAGCCUCGACUUGGCCUCCCUUCCAGAGACUACUAUGAAUGCACUGGAAUAUACGAAGAGGCUUGUAUAGCAUACGUGGAUUUUAUGAUUUCUGUGGCCAGAUUGAUUCGUAAGGAGAAAGGACUGCCCAUCGAUGAAAACCAACUUUCUUUGGAAAUGAAGAGAGUUAUGGAAUUGGAAAAAGAAAUUGCCAAUGCUACAACUAAAUCUGAAGAUCGAAAUGAUCCAAUGCUUCUUUAUAACAAAAUGACAUUAGCCCAGCUCCAAAAUAACUUUUCACUAGAGAUCAAUGGGAAGCCAUUCAGCUGGUCAAAUUUUACAAAUGAAAUCAUGUCAACUGUGAAUAUUAAUAUUCCAAAUGAAGAAGAGGUGGUUGUUUAUGCUCCAGAAUAUUUAACCAAACUUAAGCUCACUCUUACCAAAUAUUCUGCCAGAGAUCUUCAAAAUUUAAUGUCCUGGCGAUUCAUAAUGGAUCUUGUAAGCAGCCUCAGCCGAACCUACAAGGAGUCCAGAAAUGCUUUCCGCAAGGCCCUUUAUGGCACAACAUCAGAGACAGCAACGUGGAGACGUUGUGCGAACUAUGUCAAUGGGAAUAUGGAAAAUGCUGUGGGAAGGCUGUACGUGGAAGCUGCAUUCGCUGGAGAGAGUAAACAUGUGGUUGAGGAUUUGAUUACACAGAUCCGAGAGGUUUUUAUCCAGACUUUAGAUGACCUCACUUGGAUGGAUGCUGAGACGAAAAAGAAAGCUGAGGAAAAGGCCUUAGCAAUUAAAGAAAGAAUUGGCUAUCCUGAUGACAUUAUUUCAAAUGACAACAAACUGAAUAAUGAAUACCUCGAGUUGAACUACAAGGAAGAUGAAUACUUUGAGAACAUAAUUCAAAACUUGAAGUUUGGCCAAAAUAAACAACUAAAGAAGCUCCGAGAAAAGGUGGACAAGGAUGAGUGGAUAAGUGGAGCAGCUGUAGUCAAUGCAUUUUAUUCUUCAGGCAGAAAUCAGAUAGUCUUCCCAGCUGGCAUCCUGCAGCCCCCCUUCUUCAGUGCUCAGCAGUCUAACUCAUUGAACUAUGGGGGUAUCGGCAUGGUCAUAGGACAUGAAAUCACCCAUGGCUUCGAUGACAAUGGCAGGAAUUUUAAUAAGGAUGGAGACCUUGUUGACUGGUGGACUCAACAGUCUGCAAAUAAUUUUAAAGACCAAUCCCAAUGCAUGGUGUACCAGUAUGGAAACUUCUCCUGGGACCUAGCUGGUGGACAACAUCUCAAUGGAAUUAAUACACUGGGAGAAAAUAUUGCUGAUAAUGGAGGCAUUGGCCAAGCAUACAGAGCCUAUCAAAAUUAUGUUAAAAAGAAUGGUGAAGAAAAACUACUUCCUGGACUUGACCUAAAUCACAAACAACUAUUCUUCUUGAACUUUGCCCAGGUGUGGUGUGGGACCUACAGGCCAGAGUAUGCUGUCAACUCCAUUAAAACAGAUGUUCACAGCCCAGGGAAUUUCAGAAUUAUUGGGACUUUGCAGAACUCCCCUGAGUUUUCAGAGGCCUAUCAUUGCCGCAAGAACUCAUACAUGAAUCCAGAAAAGAAAUGCCGAGUUUGGUGA